CCGUGCUAUUCGGGACUUCAUUUCUGUAGUUUGAUGUUAUAGUGACGUCUGUUGGUAGUAGUGCGCAUGCGGGUCAUCAUGUGUGAUGAUGGACGGCUGAGAACACAGGGAAUGGAUAUUCGGCAGACGAUACGCACCGUUAACGCUCAUGCGGGCUGGCAGCUCAUGUGUGUAUUUCCGAUCUUAAUGGAUCUGCUUUCACCAGACCACAAGUAAGCCAGAGAUGUUUGAAAGAGUGAGAGUCUGUUGUGCAGAGCCAGAGGGAGGCAUGAUUGGGUCAAUUUUCUGGAAGAUCCAUUGUUAUUUUGCCCCUGGCGGUGUAACGAGAGAAAGAUUUCGCCUGUUAGUGGUACGUGAGAAGCGCGAUUGCCUGAUUCAGAGGACAAUGUGAUGGUGCCUUCGAUAUAGGAGCAGUCGGAUAUGAAGGAGUUCCCUGCUGCACACAACGCUUUGUUCCAGCUAGACUACAACAGCUCCCGGAAGCCCACUGUUUUGCCACCUCGAAGCUGACUCUUGUACUGAGUUCUUGACGUCAGGAUGAGGGUGCCGAGUAGGGGCAGCAGUGACAUGGACGGAACGGAUGAGAGUGAACAUUUUGUCCGCGUGGGCGCCUCACUCACGCCACGCAACCUUAAAGGGAGGAUGCCAUCUUAAAAUUCCUAGACACGAUCAGAGACCGAAAAAACAUCCGUCAACUUUUUGCGCUGGCGGUCAAUGGAUCUGUGUCUGCAUUUCGAUUUUCGUCUGCUGAUCUAAAAUGUUGGCGUUUGUAAAAGACCCAUCCGAACGAGACAAUGCUCCAACAAUGUAUUUAAAUCGGUCGACUCUGAAUUAGCAGUGAAGUGAAAUUGAUGCGUGCAUCUAAGACAAUUCGCAAGUCUGCGGGCUGCAUACCUCGGUGACAUCUACCUGUUCCGGCAGGAGCUUCUCUUGAAAGCAGGUUCCAGCCUUCGGGAAAUAUCGCAAUAUUGGGCUCGAGUAGGAUCGUUAGUGCACUCGGGUGACAAACGUGGCUUCCGCGGCGGGCUUGAGUGUUUCCGUGUGGUGCUGGCGAGUUCAAUCGCAGCGGCCACUGCGUGAGAAAUGGAUGCGAAUCACGCAUGUAGGUAUCCGUUCAGCUGAAUGUUGGUUCUUCUACCACACAUGGAACAAGCGCCAAAAACGGGCCUCAGCAUUCACUUCGAUCCUGCGCACCGUGUCCUGCUUGUAUUACUGCAGCAAGUCGCGAAUGCUCUCGGAUUAAAGGAAGCAUUCCUGCUCGUGAGUACUCUUUCUGCUGUGGCCAGGCGUCUAGUCUCUCAGCAGAUUCGAACGAUAUGGAAAGCCUUUCUUACUGAUUCAGCCGCUGUGCAUAUCUUGGGAAGACAUUUCGCUCUGUGCCGAUUUCCGUCAGCUGUUUCCGUCUCAUAGAGUUAUGGUGCGGCCUCCAGAAGAGAACAGCUGCCAUGCAGAACUGGGGCUGCAGCGGACAGGAGGGGAGCAACUGAAUCCGAACUGUACCGCGCCGAGGGUGUUUCGAAGCUCUGCUGCUUGUCUCGAGAACGAUGUGACUGAUACACUCUCCUGGUUUCUUCAAGCACCACCAGCUUGCUGUGCGCGUGUAUAGUGCUGUUCUAACUGGUUCCUUUCUCACGCGUCGGUGAGACGCAUGGGGUUAGCGCACGGGGACUGGGUUCCCGAGGAUGUAACAGUUUUCUGCACAUGCUUUAUCACAUGAACAGGUCUCCCGUUCAUUUUGCUGCCGAGAUAUCCGGUUGCACAGCGAGUUAAGAAUGAAUCUGACGUCACUGAUGAGGUAUAAAUCAAAUACAGUAUCACACUGUGGCUUCGUCGCGGACGAAGGUGCAGGAUCACUUAGCUGAGCUGGGCUAUCUGUCGAUUGAUGAGUAUUCAUUAUCAUCGUCCGUGAUGUUGCAUCAAUGCCAAUAGCCUGCUGUAGACGGGUAAAAGCAACCCCUCCGCUCCUUUUCGACAUGCUCGGUUCCAUACACAACGCUUCAGUGCUUGUUAAGAGGCAAAUGAGCGUACGAGGUGUGUCGUCAGUUUCAUGAAGUGCCACUCCAUCGGUAGGACUGUUGGGCUGAAUGUUCAAGCUGUAACCAUCCUCAGAACUAAGAGACUUUCCUAUCUGUGUGCAGACUCUCAUGAAAAAUGAUCCUAUGAUAGUGAGGGCCGAUUCAUAUUUCCUGUGGCACUUGAUGACAUAGGGUUUUCAGACAGCCGUGUGGCAGAAGUCUUCAGGCCUACAUGAUGUCGUUCAACAGUGUGAGGCUCACAAGAAAAGAACAUCAACUCGAUGACACAGGGGUUUGGGGUUCGCAUCUGCCACAACAAGAAUGCGACGUCCCAGAGAAACACUGCAUGAUGGUUCAUCAGGGCAACCAGCCAGGCGAUAGAAGAAAUGAGAUGACUUUGUGGAGAGGCCACGUUUUCUCAUAAGCGUGCCGACCACUGAUUCCAUCACUGACCGAGACAAGACAAGACACUGCCACAUUUUAGCUGAGAAGCUGAGAUUAACUGAUGCAGCAUUCUUGCUGUGUGAAAACUAGAUGGCUCACACGGAGACGUGAGCCUUCACAAGGCUUCACUCCACGUAGAUCCAGUAGUUUGGUUGCGAGUGACCGCACACAGUCAUCUUUAGAAAUCGCCUACUUCUGCGGGAGUUUAGCUCCUGGCCUCUUCAUCUACGUUUUUUCUGGCUCGUGUGCGUGACAGCGUGCACAGACUCAAAACGCAACGGUUAUUCAACAGCCGUAUCGUGCUGUUCCUCGAUGUUAAGCCACACAAGCUUUCGUGUUGCUCUGCUUACCUGGUACAAACGUUCUCGAGGAAGUGUCUGCCUCAUGCGGUGACGCAUUUGGGGGUGAUCCCAAGGGUGGAUGUUGGGUUCUUGGGACCGACAUUCGGGUAUACGAUAAGAAGGGGAAGGCGCAGGCUUUCCGUCCUAUGGAGUGAUGAGUCGCCGAAAUGCCACUGUAGUGCGAUGUACCAAAACAACCGUUCGCUGUGCUGUUCUGUGAUGCUCAGGUGACUGCUGGACUAGCAGCGGUUGCCGUUGCUAUUGGGCUCGUGAGUUCACAUAAAACGUCGGGGAAUCGGAUUAAGCGCUUCGUUCAUCGACACAGAAACGGCUGAAGUCAGCUCAGAGUUGCAAAAAGUAUUAGUUUAUUUCUGCAGACAUUUUCAAUUCGGCGCACUUACCUGGAUUUCUCACGGGAACGAGUGUUUUUGCACGCCAUUUACAUUUCGUAUGCUCAGCGUGAACCAGGAGAAAAUACCGGUCCGCUGAGAUAUUACAGGUGUCUGGUCGUUUUGAGUAUGCGUUUACCGGACACUCCAUUUUUAACAGCACUCGCCCCUGUUUUCUACACAGUAUGAACUCUUCCUUUCCGCUGUAGGCAAUUACAUGGGUUACCAAAUAAUGUAAUAUUCGGGGAUACUAUCGUACGUCGUAAUGCAGUACCUGUUGAGAGUAUGCAGCAAGUGCGGAAAGGUCAACCCCUGAUGACUUUCAUGGCUUAGAAGUAGAUGAACUAGGCGAGGCCGUUUAACUUGAGGGAUGCGGAGGAGGUAUGCAAUGCACUGGUACAGUGUCAGUGGCCGAUCAGGCUCUAAGUUUGAACACCUACUGAGAACGUGGCGUAAUUCGCAUUGAGUGUCCGGCGAUCACGCCCUGCCAUCUACGCCUUCGAGAAUCGUGUAUCAGAUAUUUGACUUGCAGUGAGAUCCCUUUUGUAUGAUGUACCCUGGGAGGAGCCUAAAGGCUCUGUUGGUGGUCCAUCGUAGUUGUUUCUUCCUUCCACGGCACAGCAAGAUUCGGGUGACCACAAGCGAAAGCGUCAGCGUCUUGAGCAAGGAUGUCGCGUUACGUAUUAAAUCUUUCCCAAAGGACUAAUGUUGUAUUGAGAGUAUUGUAAGGAUUACUUGCGCACUUCUCAGAAGUACACCGAACAAAACGUGAGAAUGAAGAUGGUGGCAUCGGUUGCAAAUACCAGUGCCUAUCCUGUCACCGUUUGCGCCUUCUGAAGUUCCCCCGGAAAUUCUUGGCUUCUGAGGAGACAAAACAGUGCUUUGAUAGAAACGCCACGAUACGGUCGGGCUCUUUUUGCUCGUCGGUGAGGUGCGGUCGACUUCUGAGGAGUGCCGAUCACUGAGUACGAAGGUGUUGGCGGCGCACGCAGCUGGAAGAAGCGCAUCAGGAGCCGUGCAAAAAGUUGUUCAUGUCUGAUGGAAGUAAUGUAUUGUGGAGAGGGCUGCGUGCUGGUAGAUGGUGCUGUUGAGAUGGUAGAGUGAGUCUAAAACGAUGCAUGAGAGGGAAGGGCCAAGCCAUUGUUCUUUUUUGCGCAGUCUAGGAGAGUGAGUAUUUUUGCCAGGUUUCGUGUGCAUUAUGGAACAUAUGCCUGAUGAUGAGGUUGUUGAGGGAGGCCCCUAGAAGGAUCGUCCAACAUUACUAGAAACACACUGAGAGGGGUCGCCGGUGCCAGAAGCAGCGAGAGGAGGUAGUGUUCCGGACUUCAGUGUCGUCUAGCUUUGUCGGUCGCAUCUAUGGUAUGCCAUCUUGCGUUGGGACGUUACGUCAGACUCCUAUCCCCGUAGUAAGCGAUGUAUUGACAGAGUGACAAUGCCCCGCGUCAACGCAGUGAAGGACUGAGCCUAGCUUUUCGAUAAUGUGGUGGUCCAAUUAACGUUCCGCUUUACGUCGAGAAGUGAUGAUCGUGAGCGUGCGCAGAUGGAUCAAUGGUUACAAUUUCUGUGUCCAAGCACUUGGGAAGCGUCAUAAGAAAGAAUUCCCUUUUCCAUAAUCUAUGCCGCACAGUGGCAUGACAGUACAAGACUGCAAGUAAAUCAGGUGCGUCUUCGCAUUUCAUAGGUGCCUCAGGUAGGUGCAUUUGGCCGAUGAUAUAUCGUGGCAAUCUGCCAAGUUUCGGGGCGGACGGAGAGGAGAUCAGGGCUAGUGGUGAGGGUGUGAAGAUUAGUUGCGCGGGUGAAAGGAAGUGGGGAGAAAUAGAGCUCAAAUAAAAAGUACCUCCGGUCAUCCCCUUUUCCAAGCGCAAUUUCAUCGCGAUGUUAAAACGUCAUUCGAACUUUUUGCAGUCACGGAAUAGGGAGGGUGCACUUCACGCAGUGUCUCACUUCAACUGUUUGUUGGCGAUCAGCUCUGGAACUUCAGGGAUAACGGACGAUCACGAAAACUUGAAUUAGCUGUGCACGUGUUGCCAAGGCGAGAGAUGACGUGACCCGGGGGCUGAAGUUACAACGUCGCCAGGGAAAGCGCUCAGAUGUGCACGUCUGCAUAGAUGGAAGCCUAUUCACAAUUCGACAGGCUUUUGUACUGUUUCCGAAAAACAGUAUUCCUAUGUUAUGGUGCCGAUAGGCUGCUGGAAGAGCUGUAAGCAGCAUGGCUAAUGACGUAGUCAGCAGUCUCUGACGCCUCUUUACAGUUCGAGAGUUAGGCUUGCGUUCUACGUAAGAAUCUUUGCUCGAAUUCUUGUUUCAUUGGCAUUCAUUGGGGUGGCUUCGGGCUGUCCUCUUUUGCAGCCUGCAAGCGUUUAACUUCUAGCUGUCUCGUAGGCGUGAUCACUCGUUUCAGUGUUGUACUUUGUCGUUGCCUAAGUAGGGUGCUAUCGUGUCGCGUAUCGGGACAAAGGUGAGGCAAAAAUCAUAGGUCGUGCCGGUGGCCAAAGAGUGGCUAACUCAAGUUUGUAAUUGUAUACUCUGAGAUAAAAAGGCUCUCACAUAGGUGGGGGAAGAACCACGGUAAGCAUGGAAAUCCGCGUACGGAGCGAGCAGCUGGAUUCACACUGGGUUGACUUAUCAUAACGAGAUAACUCGACAGGAAGACGCGCAGAAGCGUGAUGCGCAUGUGGGGGCGAUUAGAAAAGCGGGAACGACGGCUGUGGAGGCAGAGUGUGGACGUUUCACCUUGUAGCUUAGUCAUGACAUCUCCAGGUCCCGCGAUCGGCCUCACGAGUGGCCAGUCAAUCUGCAGGGAUCAGCUGACUGUAGCUGUGUGGUAGCGUCCUCACGGUGACGAUGGUUGCUCUACUGCCUUCCACCAAAAUAUGCAUUCACUAAUAUGAGCAAGGACUACAGGUCAUCUCGCGUUGUAUCAACGAGGGUGACAACUGGGCCAGGGGUUGGGUCGUCAGUCCACCAUGUACACGCUAUACCUUCUGAUAGCUCUAACAAUGGUCCUGCUUUGUGUAGCUUCGCAAAAGUUCACGUUCGUUCUCAUAUAAAGGCCCACUGAGUGUGUAUGUGCAUCGGCAAAGGAAAACGAACCUGGACAUAGCGAAACAAACAGUUCUUGAGGUUUUCCAGGUCUUGCAAGCGGCAUUGGUUGUUUUUGGGAACUUGCUUGUGAUUGACGACACUGGAAAAGAAUAAUGCAGAAGUAUGUACGCCAGUCUCGCCGACGUAUGCACUACUCCCAGUAUCUCGAUUUAGCGCGGAAUACCCCAGAGAAACCAGCAAAUGGGGCACGCCCCAGUGAUAGAACUCGCAUAGGAUGUGAGGCGACAUAAUGCCAUCAGUGUGUCGCUAGUAGCUCACGCACAGCAGCACCCAACUGACGUUGGUUUCUGGAUCAAUCCUUGUAGAAACCGUCCUCGUAUAGCCUCAACUGUGCAAGGGGAACCGUGAAGAAGUCCAGCGAGAGGGGGGUGGCGAACGCAAGUGUAUAUGCUUGCGCCCGUACGUCAGCACAGGCUGUCAUGGUGCGACAUCUGGUUUGUGGACUGCCGUCGGUUCCAUGUCAGAACACUGUGGGAAUACGGUUGUGGACAGCCACAGGAGGUGAGGCUUACACUUGAUUGUCAUUUGGUAUUACGCUGUAUGGAAGACUCUAUGCAGGUGUGCGAGAGCCUAAUGGGUCCUGCGUCCGAGUGUCGGUGAGAGUGGAGUAGGAGAGGUAGGUGAAUGUGGCCGAUCGAGUACUUCAGUGUACGGAGGCAAGAUGUGACAUCUGAUUUGUGGACUUCCAUGAGCUCUAUGUCGCAACACAAUUUGAAUGUGGCUGUGGACAGCUACAUGACGGGAGGACUGCUUUUGUUUUGCAUUUGGUUUUGUCUGUUUUGUGUGAACGAAUGGAUGCGGGUGAGCGACACGGGAAGAGUGAGUCAGAGUAUCAGUGAGCGUGGAGUUGGAAGGUAGGUGAAUAUGGCUGGUCGAAUAGUUCCCCGGGCGACGACGUGAUGUCACAUCUGACUUGAGAACUGCCGAGAGGUCAAUAUCAGAACAUCGUCGGUUUGGGUUGUGGUCAGAUGCAGGAAGUCGUUUUCCUGUUUUAAGUCGUCUCUGAAGUGGACUGCUAUUUUGGGGUGUGAUACAGUGGCAGUGGAUGGUAGUGUUAUGCUGCGUCAGCGCAGGUAAUGCUUUUCGGUGAUGGCAACGCCUUAGCUCCGCAGCAAGCGGGGAACACUGAAGUUUUCAAAGAAUGCCGUCCUGUAGGGUAGCCGUUUGUAGUAGACUCGCGUAGUGGAAUACAGGAUGCACGACUCUAAGAAUCUAUCCAUCCUUCCAGUUCUGCGUAUUCUGAGAUAUGCGUCCAUCGCCGGCUGAAGUAAGCGGAGCUUGCAUGUGAUGCCCUUGGGUGCGAAAGCACCUCGCACAAAAUUUGCGUCCAUGACCAAUACUUCACCUGACUAAAUGCACAGAUACGCAAUACAGUUCCAACCAGUUCUGACCAACAGAUUCUCUGGAACGUCACUGUCGUCUUAUACAGUGGGCCUUUGCUCCAGGGUGGCGUGACGGUACGUUUUGAUCAAAGCAAUACAAAAGUAACGUCAGGCAUAAUGUCAUUGCUGACCACUUUGGGAAAUCGACGAAUCGAUGCUUUGUUUUUUCUGCCAUGGUCGAGCUUUGCUAUCCCGGGCUCCCGUCAUCGUCGCA